AUCCAAACGCACUCACCAAGAGAAAUAUUACAUGGAAUUACUGACUAGAUAAUUUUUCAAAGCCAGCUUCAUGGAGUCACUAGAUGAAGAGGAUUAUGAGUAUGAAUAUAAUAUAACUUUCAAUGAAAGUUAUGAAUACUACCAUACUCUUUGUUACAAGGAUGAUGUUCGCAACUUUGGAAAGAUCUUUCUGCCCAUUUUCUACUCUUUGGCUCUAAUAAUAGGAAUUUCUGGAAACUCAUUAGUGGUGGCUGUUUACAUCUAUUAUAAGAGACUUAAGACCAAGACGGACAUAUACAUUUUAAAUCUGGCUAUAGCUGAUCUCCUCCUUCUGUUCACCCUCCCAUUCUGGGCAGCUGAUGCUGUUCAUGGCUGGGAGCUGGGAGAAGCCAUGUGCAAAAUAACCUCUGCCUUGUAUGUCAUGAAUUUCAGCUGUGGGAUGUUUUUCCUUGCUUGCAUCAGUCUGGACAGAUACCAAGCUAUGUUUAGAAACCAGGACAGACCAAGAAAACAGGAAUAUAUCUUUGUUUUGAUUGUUGUCUGGAUGGCUGCAAUCAUCCUCAGUUUGCCCCAACUAAUAUUUUCAACAGUAAAAGAAAAAGAAACCAGGCGAGUUUGCAUUUCAGUUUAUCCUGCUACAAUGGCCAGGAAUACAAAAGCAGCUAUUCAGUUUCUGGAAGUGAUUUUCAGUUUUGUGAUCCCAUUUGUAAUCAUGGUAUUCUGCUACACAAGAGUGGCCAAAACUCUAAUGUGGUCCCCAAACGUGAAGAAGUGGAGGGCAUUCAGAGUACUGCUGGCAGUUGUAGGUGUAUUUUUUUUGACUCAGAUACCAUACAAUAUUGUCAAGUUUAUCAGAGCAGUGGAUGUGAUCUAUUCAUUUAUAAUUAUGUGUGAGGCCAGUAAAAACCUGGACAUUGCCAUUCUCAUCACAGAAAGUGCAGCCCUUUUCCACAGUUGUUUAAAUCCUAUUGUUUAUGCCUUUGUUGGAGCUUCUGUUAAAAACCAUCUCCUAAAACUGCUAAAAAUGAUAAGUUCACAUAAGAGGACACACAGGGAACAAACUGUUGAAAUAUCUCUUAAUUCCCAUUCAAAUACUGAAAACACCAUCAGUUUCACAAUUUAAAGAGGUAGGUACUUAAGGAAGACCAGGUGAGACAAGACAAUAUUUCAAACAAAUACAGUUUUGUGCUUUAUCUGUAGAGCUUGAUAAUUAGGAAAGUUAAGAAAAAGCCAUCUUUCAAAUGGUAUAAUCGCCUUCAUAAUUUCAAAGGACUGAGCUGCCACUGAACUUUGACUUCCAAUGAUAAUGUGCAACCAACAUUAAACAAUUCACAUGAAACAACU